AUGAAUCCAGAUGAGGUCGCUUAUUUGUUGGAGUUGGAAGACAAGCUGUCCCAGAUAAGACAGCAGGUGAACUCAAAGCUCGAUAAUCAGAAGCAUGUUGCCAUUAUUCUAUCUGCAGUGGAAGAGAACAUGGAGGAACAAGACCAAAACAUCGCGGGCAAAAGUGUCGUGAAUUAUUUGAUCUCUCUGAUGUCGCUAUUGGACCAGGCGAUCGAUGUAAAAACACACGAAAUUAGCGAAAUGCAACUGGCUACCUCUGUUAUUUAUCUACUAGACGUAAUCUUCCGCUACGUUCCCAAAAAGCUGCUCAAAUCCAAAUUUUCAGAAAUUUUGACCAAAAUUGCACCAUGCAUUACUGACGAGAAAGCUGGCGCUCCUUUGGUGAGGCCUGCCAUCGGCUGCUUAGAGUCCCUUCUAGUGGCUCAAGACGCACAGGCUUGGAGCAAUACCCAAAAUUUCAACAUUUCACCCAGUAGAGGUCUCAAUGGUCUUCUCGAACUUUCCCUCGAUCCUCGCCCAAAAGUUCGAAAGAGAGCCCAGGAUGCUAUAGGUGCCAUUAUGUGCAACCCCCCUGCCUCCCCAUCGGCGGAACAUGUUGCUGCUCCUCUGGUAUCCGAGUUUACAAUAAAGGCUUUAGCUUCUUCCGUGGAGGAAGCUUUAUCCGCUUCGAAUAAAAAGAUUCGCUCUCAAGGGGGGGCUAAGGAGAUAAUCUCGAAGUCUAUCAAUAUUUUAAAGUUAAUCAAAAUUGUUCUGGCCAGCAAACAAUGGCCAGCGUCGCGAUUCGACACCUUGUGCGAUCUUUUGCUCGAGGUAUCAAGAUCAUCCGACCAAUAUUUGGUGUCAAACGCUUUCGAGUGCUUUGAGGCACUCUUUCAAGCGAUCGCAGAAUCUGCAACUAAUUCAGGUCUCGCCGACAAUAAGUUUUCCAAGGUUUUAGAUAUCAUAUUUUCUCUGAAGCCAUCAAAUACGGACACUCAUUUGGCUGGCGCUUGGAUUGCUGUUGUUGCCAAAGGAGUUACCACCUUUGGAACUUACAAACCCCUAGCAUGCCUUGAAAUUCUACCAGAGUUUGUUAGCGUCCUCAGUCACUAUCUAUCAAGUGAGAUUCCCGAAGUCUACAUCAGUGCCUCUCAAUGCAUUGAAGCCGUCCUAGUGGAAGCUAUACCCGAUGAUGUUUUGCUGCUACCCCCUCUUGUGAAAGACGAGGUCUACGAAAAGGUAGAUGAGACGAUUUUGUUUUUAUCUGAUACGUUUGUGGAUUUUCUCUCAAUCAAAUACGCUCAUUGUGCCCAAGAAGUUUUGAAAACCCUUGCCGCUGUUCUAGAUAAGUUAAAGUUUAGAGCUAACCCAGAUUUUUUGGCACCCCUAGAGAUCGUAGGAGGGUGGAGAACGAUUGAAGAUAAUUAUUUGGAGUUGAGGAGCGAAAUUGAAGCUGUUUUGGGAGCUGGAAUUGCGAAUUUGGGUCCAGAUGUGAUUCUUAGUUCAUUACCCCUCAACAUAGUGACCCCCUCAGAUCAAAAGCCAGGCAGAGCUUGGUUAAUUCCUCUCAUCAGGGACUAUACGAAAAAUAGCCGCCUUUCACUCUUUACGAAUGAUUUCAUGCCUUUGAUAAGACAUUUUGAGAAUACUAUUUCCAAGCUAACUGAAGAUUCUGUCCAGAGGAAGAUUUUUGAAACAGUGGUCAGUCAGUUUUGGUCGACUUUGAUAAGCUUUUGUGAUUUACCCGUAGACCUCAGAGAUUCUUUCACUGACACAUUUGCUGCUGAGCUUUCUUCAUUGCUAUACAGUACCGUCGAACUUAGAUCAACCAUCUGUCAUGCGCUAAAAAAUCUAAUUCAAAGCAAUACUAAUUAUAUUUCCCAAGAAGGGGUAACGGACAAACUGCUGGAACAACAGUUUCCGAGGAGUGAGGCCGACGCCAAUAUUGCAUAUUUGUCUGCGAAGGCGGCUAAUCUGUUGGCUGUUCUGUUCAAUGUUUAUACACAGACUGCGCCGAAUGCUAGAGGUUACAUUCUAGAGGCUGUGGAAGUGGUUCUCAAAAUCACACCCGCCGAAGAAUUGACAAAGACUUUUGAUAAUGUUUGCGGGCUUUUAAAAAAUGCAUUUGAUGAGGAAAAUGGUAAAGGUAAAGCUAACUCAAGCUCGAUGAGAAUGAGUGCUACCUUACUUGACCUCAUCAUCGCGAUGACUAGCUUCGUUCCUGAGACCUCAUACUCGGCUUUGCUUUCCAUCUUUAAUACUACAGUGAAUUCUAGUGAUGCAUUGACACAGAAGCGUGCCUACAGGAUUAUCGCCAAACUCUCCGAGUCCGAAAAGAGCUCUCAUGCGGUCUUAAAUUACAUUUCUGACAUUGAAAAUAUCAUUAUUCAAAGCGGUCAAAACACUCUCACUUCAGCAAGGGCCAUGAGAUUAAAUGCAAUAAAUAUUUUGGUACAGCUUCUCCCGUUAGAUCAUGCCGAAGUUAUCAUUCAAUUAGUUUCGGAGGUUAUUCUCGCUUCAAAAGAAAAUAACGAGAAAACAAGGGAAGCUGCUUUCAACACACUUAUAUCGAUGGCCAACAAAAUGAGCCAGGAUGGAUGUACUAUGAGGCUAUCCAAGGUUCCAGGCUAUGAACCUACUACCCCGCCACAACCAGCAAGCGUGGCUGAGUUUUUUAAGAUCACGUCUGCUGGUUUGAUUGGCGAAUCUCAGCAUAUGGUUAGCGCAACUGUCACAGCAUACUCAUGUUUGGUAUUUGAGUUCAAGAGUCAAGUUAGCCCUGAUAUAUUGAUGGACAUCUAUGACACGAUCGAGCUGUACUUGACUUCGAACUCAAGAGAGAUUGUAAAAAGUGCCAUUGGGUUUGCGAAGGUUUGCUGUUUGGCGUUGCCAGAAGAAUUGAUGAAACCGAAAAUUCCUUCUCUCUUACCAAAACUUCUGCGUUGGUCUCACGAGCAUACGGGCCAUUUUAAAGCAAAGGUCAAGCAUAUCAUUGAAAGAUUGAUAAGGAGAUAUGGGUAUGAGUAUAUUGACCAACAUUUUCCUGAAGAAGAUAAAAGAUUGUUAGUUAACAUCAGAAAGACUCGUGAUAGAUCCAAGAGGAAAGCUGAAACUACACCGGGAGUGGCACCAAAGCUAGCGGACUCCAACAGCAAAGGCUCAAGAUUCAUGUCAGCGCUCGAUGAGGCAAUCUACGAAUCUUCUGAUAAUGAAGAGCUCAAUGACGAUGGUGCGCUUGGCGGAAAGGAGAAAGGAAAACGUUUCAUUGUGGAAUCUAAUGAGAAUCCUCUAGAUCUUCUGGAUGCCCAGACUCUGGCUCAUAUCUCGUCAACAAGACCCAAGAAAUUUGACCACAAGGCUAGAAACAAGGCUGCUGGCAAUGAAGUCUUCAAUUUUGAUGCCGACGGAAAGCUCACGCUCAAGGGUGACAACACUGCGCUUCAGGAUCCAGAUAUACUGGGCUCAGGCACUAGUGGUAUUAAUGCCUACCUAGAUGCUGUUAAACAAGGGCCUGUGAGGGGUCAGAAGAACAAGUUGAAGUUCAAGAAAGGUAACAGAGCAGGUGACGGUGAUGGUGCCGUGAGUGACGACGACGUACGCGGUAUUCCUAGCUCUAAAAAUACCAGCAGCAAGAUAACAAAGAGAAGGAAAUCUCCAGCAUUUAAGUCGCGGAGAAAACUUUAA